UACUAAAUUGCUCGGUGUUAAUUUGGUGAACGGUGUCGUUGAGCCCUCUGCCGUUCACCAGACGGACGCAUCCGCUCCGGACAGCCGCUCCGCGCCGCGCCGACAUGGAUCCGCCAGUGGUGACAAGAUGGAGGACAGGAGACGGAGGGGAAAACACAGAUAAUAUGUAUAGUUGUCAGCGUGGUAAUCUCCUUUGGAUGGAUUUUCAACUAGCCGACGAUUACAAGAUCGGAUCGUAAUCAUAUCUUAUUGAACGGCUUUAUGUUUUCCAGACGCAGGAUAAAUAUGUUGUUAUGUGGCUGCGUGGAAAGUCUGUCAGGGCGGUCGGAUGAGACACCAGUCGGCUACAGGAGCUAACGAAGCUAACAGCGAGUUGUUCGGUAGCUAAUCGGUGAUAUAACAUCAAACAAUAAAUUAGAAACCGUUCGCUAGUAUGAUAUAUAUAUCAUAAUAUAUAAUAUAUACUGCUUUACGGUCAAAAUAAAUUGGAAAUACGCUCCAGCUAACAUUGUCAGCUAGCUAUUUUGUAUUCAUGUUGAUUUGUUGUUACUGUGCAGCUAGCUAGUUACGAUGCUAACGACAAAGCUAACUAGCCAGUUAGCAAGCUAGCUAUUUUUUUCCUCAAGUAAAAAAUAUUCCUUGGAUGAUUUACUAGUUAUGAUGAUUUUAUAGUUAUGUUAACAUAGGACAACGGUCGAUGAACUAGCUUUGUUUAUACCACAAGAUUUUCGUGGCUGAGUCAACAUGUUUUAACUUUGUACCGAGCUUGUUCGGGAAGGAUUCACAGGACGUAUCGAUAAGGACGCAGGACGCAUCGAUAAGGACGCAUGACGUAUCGAUAAGGACGCAGGACGUAUCGAUAAGGACGCAGAAACGCAUCGAUCAGGACGCAUCGAUAAGGACGUAUCGAUAAGGACGCAUCGAUAAGGACGCAUCGAUAAGGAUGCAAAAACGCAUCGAUAAGGACGCAGAAACGCAUCGAUAAGGACGCAGGACGCAUCGAUAAGGACGCACGACCUGCUGCGUUGUGUAUUCUGGGUUGUAACUAACUGUUCUAGCUGGUCAGACUGUGGACAGACGACAUGGCUCACUCUCCGGUUCAGAGUAGCCUGCCGGGGAUGCAGAACCUGAAGGCAGAUCCAGAGGAGUUGUUCACUAAGUUGGAGAGGAUAGGUAAAGGCUCGUUCGGUGAGGUGUUUAAAGGAAUAGACAAGAGGACUCAGAAGGUGGUGGCCGUUAAGAUCAUUGACCUGGAGGAGGCUGAGGAUGAGAUGGAGGACAUCCAGCAGGAGAUCACUGUGUUGAGUCAGUGUGACAGCCCCUUCAUCACCAAGUACUAUGGAUCCUACCUGAAGGAGGCCAAGCUGUGGAUCAUUAUGGAGUAUCUCGGAGGAGGCUCUGCGUUGGAUCUGUUGGAGCCGGGGUUGCUGGAUGAGACUCAGAUCGCUACCAUCCUCAGAGAGAUUCUGAAGGGUCUGGAAUACCUCCACUCAGAGAAGAAGAUACACAGAGAUAUCAAAGCUGCCAACGUUCUGCUGUCGGACCGUGGGGAGGUGAAGCUGGCAGACUUCGGGGUGGCUGGACAGCUAACCGAUACCCAACUCAAACGCAGCACCUUCGUUGGCACGCCCUUCUGGAUGGCUCCAGAGGUCAUCAAGCAGUCAGCCUACGACUGUAAGGCAGACAUCUGGUCCCUGGGUAUAACGUGUAUAGAGCUGGCUAAAGGAGAACCCCCACACUCUGAGCUACACCCUAUGAAAGUGCUCUUCCUUAUCCCAAAGAACACCCCUCCUACCCUGGAGGGGAACUACAGCAAGACCCUGAAGGAGUUCGUGGAGGCCUGCCUGAACAAGGAGCCAAGAUUCAGGCCCACUGCCAAAGAGCUGUUGAAACACAAGCUGAUUGUGCGUCACGCCAAGAAGACGUCGUACCUGACAGAGCUGGUGGAUAAAUACAGGAGGUGGAAGGCUGAGCAGACCAGACAGCAGGCAGAGUCCAGCUCAGACGAGUCUGACUCGGAGCACGAUGGGCAAGCGUCGGGCGGGGACAACUUCGGUAGUGAUGACUGGGUCUUCACCAUCAGAGAGAAGGAUCUUAAGAAAGUCCAGAACGGUGGAGAGGGACAGGAAGUGGAGAGAGGAGACAUUUCAAGGAGGCUGUAUUCCACCAGCCUGUCCACCAUCAUCUCUCCUUCUCUGGCCGAAUUGAAGCAGCGUCAGGAGGCAGUGAAUGGGAAUCCGAUGGCUCUAGAUGAAUUGAGAGAAGCGAUUCUCCUAGCAGAGGAGGCCUACCCUGGGAUCUCUGACUCCCUGGUCACACAGCUGGUUAACAGACUGCAGAGAUUUUCUUCAGGCAGGAAGUCUUCGUGCUCUUCUCCCUAGUGAUUGGCUCUCUGCCCCAGCCCGCCUCUCCCAGGCCCCGCCCCCUGUCUGUGGUCCAGUCAGAGGUCAGCCUGGAUAACACCACAUAUUCCCGCCGGAGAACACUGAACACACCAGACGCUUGGUGAUCCAACUCCAAGGCCUCUUUGAGUAGCUUGAUAAACCUGUGGAGUUAACACUGCUGGAGCAAGGAGGAGGACCCAUCAGUAUGGACCCAGUCUGACUGGUACCAGAGGACCCAUCAGUAUGGACCCAGUCUGACUGGUACCAGAGGACCCAUCAGUAUGGACCCAGUCUGACUGGUACCAGAGGACCCAUCAGUAUGGACCCAGUCUGACUGGUACCAGAGGACCCAUCAGUAUGGACCCAGUCUGACUGGAACCAGAGGAGAACCCAUCAGUAUGGACCCAGUCUGACUGGUACCAGAGGACCCAUCAGUAUGGACCCAGUCUGACUGGUACCAGAGAAGGACCCAUCAGUAUGGACCCAGUCUGACUGGUACCAGAGGAGAACCCAUCAGUAUGGACCCAGUCUGACUGGUACCAGAGGACCCAUCAGUAUGGACCCAGUCUGACUGGUACCAGAGGACCCAUCAGUAUGGACCCAGUCUGACUGGUACCAGAGGAGCCCAUCAGUAUGGACCCAGUCUGACUGGUACCAGAGGAGACCCAUCAGUAUGGACCCAGUCUGACUGGUACCAGAGGACCCAUCAGUAUGGACCCAGUCUGACUGGAACCAGAGGAGAACCCAUCAGUAUGGACCCAGUCUGACUAGAACCAGAGGAGAACCCAUCAGUAUGGACCCAGUCUGACUGGUACCAGAGAAGGACCCAUCAGUAUGGACCCAGUCUGACUGGUACCAGAGGAGAACCCAUCAGUAUGGACCCAGUCUGACUGGUACCAGAGGACCCAUCACUAUGGACCCAGUCUGACUGGUACCAGAGGACCCAUCAGUAUGGACCCAGUCUGACUGGUACCAGAGGACCCAUCAGUAUGGACCCAGUCUGACUGGUACCAGAGGACCCAUCAGUAUGGACCCAGUCUGACUGGUACCAGAGGACCCAUCAGUAUGGACCCAGUCUGACUGGUACCAGAGAAGGACCCAUCAGUAUGGACCCAGUCUGACUGGUACCAGAGGACCCAUCAGUAUGGACCCAGUCUGACUGGUACCAGAGGACCCAUCAGUAUGGACCCAGUCUGACUGGUACCAGAGGGGAACCCAUCAGUAUGGACCCAGUCUGACUGGUACCAGAGGACCCAUCAGUAUGGACCCAGUCUGACUGGUACCAGAGGACCCAUCAGUAUGGACCCAGUCUGACUGGUACCAGAGGAGGACCCAUCAGUAUGGACCCAUCAGUAUGGACCCAGUCUGACUGGUACCAGAGGAGGACCCAUCAGUAUGGACCCAGUCUGACUGGUACCAGAGGAGGACCCAUCAGUAUGGACCCAGUCUGUCUGGUACCAGAGGACCCAUCAGUAUGGACCCAUCAGUAUGGACCCAGUCUGACUAGAACCAGAGGAGAACCCAUCAGUAUGGACCCAGUCUGACUGAUACCAGAGGACCCAUCAGUAUGGACCCAGUCUGACUGGUACCAGAGGACCCAUCAGUAUGGACCCAGUCUGACUGGUACCAGAGGACCCAUCAGUAUGGACCCAGUCUGACUGGUACCAGAGGACCCAUCAGUAUGGACCCAUCAGUAUGGACCCAGUCUGACUGGUACCAGAGGACCCAUCAGUAUGGACCCAGUCUGUCUGGUACCAGAGGAGAACCCAUCAGUAUGGACCCAGUCUGUCUGGUACCAGAGGACCCAUCAGUAUGGACCCAGUCUGACUGGUACCAGAGGACCCAUCAGUAUGGACCCAGUCUGUCUGGAACCAGAGGAGAACCCAUCAGUAUGGACCCAGUCUGACUAGAACCAGAGGAGAACCCAUCAGUAUGGACCCAGUCUGACUGGAACCAGAGGACCCAUCAGUAUGGACCCAGUCUGUCUGGUACCAGAGGAGAACCCAUCAGUAUGGACCCAGUCUGACUGGAACCAGAGGACCCCCAUCAGUAUGGACCCAGUCUGACUGGUACCAGAGGAGAACCCAUCAGUAUGGACCCAGUCUGUCUGGUACCAGAGGAGAACCCAUCAGUAUGGACCCAGUCUGUCUGGUACCAGAGGAGAACCCAUCAGUAUGGACCCAGUCUGUCUGGUACCAGAGGACCCAUCAGUAUGGACCCAGUCUGACUGGUACCAGAGGACCCAUCAGUAUGGACCCAGAGGAGAACCCAUCAGUAUGGACCCAGUCUGACUGGUACCAGAGGAGAACCCAUCAGUAUGGACCCAGUCUGACUGGUACCAGAGGACCCAUCAGUAUGGACCCAGUCUGACUGGUACCAGAGGACCCAUCAGUAUGGACCCAUCAGUAUGGACCCAGUCUGACUAGAACCAGAGGAGAACCCAUCAGUAUGGACCCAGUCUGACUGGUACCAGAGGACCCAUCAGUAUGGACCCAUCAGUAUGGACCCAGUCUGACUAGAACCAGAGGAGAACCCAUCAGUAUGGACCCAGUCUGACUGGUACCAGAGGACCCAUCAGUAUGAACCCAGUCUGUCUGGUACCAGAGGACCCAUCAGUAUGGACCCAGUCUGUCUGGUACCAGAGGAGAACCCAUCAGUAUGGACCCAGUCUGACUGUUACCAGAGGAGAACCCAUCAGUAUGGACCCAGUCUGACUGGUACCAGAGGAGAACCCAUCAGUAUGGACCCAGUCUGACUGGUACCAGAGGAGGGCUCAUCAGUAUGGACCCAGUCUGACUGGUACCAGAGGACCCAUCAGUAUGGACCCAGUCUGUCUGGUACCAGAGGAGAACCCUCUGUGGGCUGUCUGCUCCUCUCUUUAUGAACCUCAGGUGUAGUGCUUUAGAUGGAUGGCUCCUCCGAGCCACUGGGGGGCGCUGUGCUGUGUGGGAUUUAUUUGAAUACAAAGCAACCUGUAUAUAUAUAUAUGUUCAGCUGUCUCUGAUGUUGCAGACAUCAGUCUCUGUGUACAAACGGUCAUGAUGUGCUUUUGUAGAUAAUAUAUGAAGGUAAAUAUUUAAGAUUGAAGUCACCUCUAAUGAUCAAAAA